GGUGGGGGUGGUUUUCAGGGCAGUUUCCACGUUCUGGAUCGCCAACCCCAACAACAAUCUCAUCAGCAACGCAGCUGCUGGUUCUCAGGAUGCUGGCAUAUGGUUCGUGUUCCACAGCUCUUCCACCGGAGACUCUCAUGGGCUGGUACCAGAGACCAAGGCAGAGCUCACACCCCUGGGGAUUUUUUACAACAACCGCGUACACUCCAACUUUAAGGCAGGGCUGUUCAUCGAUAAAGGAGUGAAGACCAGCAAUGCCAGCGCUGCGGACCCCCGGGAAUACCUGUGUCUAGAUAACAGUGCCAGAUUCCGGCCGCACCAGGAUGCUGACCCUAACCGCCCCCGGGUUGCAGCAGUGAUUGACACUCUGAUCUCUUACAAGAACAACGAUUUAGGAGCGUGGAUACGGGGAGGGGACAUCGUCAUCCAGGACUCUGGAUUUGCAGACAAUGGAGUGGGACUGGCUUUUGCCAGUGAUGGAAGCUACCCUAAGGAUGAAGGCUCCAGCCAGGAAGUGACACGGUCCUUGUUUGUGGGUGAAAGUCGAAACAGAGGGACCAACGGAGGACAGAAUAAAUACUGGGGCUUAGGAGGGGUCGAUGCAAAGAUGAGGACACUGCCUAGAAACAGGACAUUCCCAAUCCGAGGUUUCCAGAUCUACGAUGGUCCGGUGCGACUUACCCACAGUACAUUUCGUGGAUACAUCCCCACACCGGAGCGUUAUACCAGCGCAGUGGGAUUCAACCUGAAGAACACCUGGCAGCUCACCCCACGAAACAAUCUGUCCCAGCUCAGCUUCCACCCCACUGUGGGUCUGCAGACGUUCUUCGGCCGCCCGGGGCAGUGGUUUGAAGAGAACGACCUGGACGGGGAUAAAAACUCCAUCUUUCACGACGUGGACGGCUCCGUGACGGGCUACACCGACACCUACGCCGGCCGAGCAGACAAUUACCUGAUCCAACAUCCUGGCUGCGUGAACGUGCCUCAGUGGAGCGGAGUGAUCUGCAGCGGACGCUACUCUCAGGUGUACAUCCAGACCCAGGGAUCCCCUAACCUGAUCCUAUCCAUCAGCAGAGAUGAAUACCCAGCUGCCCCUCUGGUUCUGAGGGGGAUCAACAGCCAGGGGGCGCUGUCUCAGCAGUACCAGCCCAUCCUGAUGAUGAGCAAGAGCUACAGCCUGCACUGGAGCGGACCUGCGCCCAGAGAGGUGGUGCUGUCGCUCAUCAACUUCGACAAAGAUGACUGGGCGUUGGUGGGACUCUGUUACCCAUCAGACACCACGUUUCAGAUUAUGGCCGACAUCAACGACAGGCAGAGCAACACCUUCGAUGACCUCACAGACUACGGCACCGUGUCAUCCUUAGCAGAGCUGGAGAACAGGCCGAUGGAGAGGAAGUACUACUUUGACCGAACUGUUGGCUUGUUGUGGUUCUUCCUUCGGGCUCGGCACGGUCGUGAAGGUCACAGCUACUGUUCAUCAAAAGGCUGCGAAAGAGUGAAGGUCAUGGCCACCACGUCCUCCAAACAGACCUGUAACUGCACAACCAAAGCCUACCCCAAGUACUCCAAGACCCCCUCAGCAGUGGUGCCUAUGCCGUCUCUCAAUACACAACCCUGUAAAGGCUGCGGUGCUAAAAAGCUUGUGUUUUCCAGUGAGCCAUGGACCUUCUACCUCCAGACACAAGUCAAGUCUCUCAGCAGCAAAGAGCAGCAGAAAGGAGAUAACAGCUCCUAUAUCACUGUGAACGAGGUCACGAUGCCCUUCUCUCAGCCUGGAUAUUUCCUGGUCUCAGUGGACGCCUGCUCGGGGAAGGUCACCAAGAAAACCUCAUUUGCAAAGAUGGACGCCAAAAUGGAACAGUACCUAAAAACUGGAAUACCAAAGAGGUCUAUCGUACUUAUGGCGACACGAGGUCAACCAGAAGGCCUCGUUAGUGUGGCACCACAUCUGGUCUCCUUUGGAAUGGCCAAAGCUGCUGAUCUGCACAGUAAAGAGAGUCUGGCUCUUUGGGGGUUCCAGGGGGGUUCUCCGCCCCCUCCGUGGGUCUGGCUGCAGGCCGGGCAGGGCGACGAGGUCCUGGGUCUGCAGGAGAGAUACCUGCCUCUGGGUCUGGAGGCUCACGGCUGCACCCCCCCUGCGGCUCAAACACGCAAAGACCUGGAGCUUCUCAAAAAAGCCACGGGACAACAAUGACCAAUGUGAACUACACAACUUAACUACCCAGAACUUGCACACAGAUACACACACAACCAGCCGAUGAAUGUGAACUGCUGAACCUUUAAUUUAUUUAACAAUGGCAAAUAUGUUUACCGAUUCCAAGUGGAUAGAAGGUAUUUUAUAAUGUGUGUGUGUGUGUGUGUGUGUGUGUGUGUGUGUGUGUGUGUGUGUGUGUGUGUGUGUGUGUGUGUGUGUGUGUCUUGGGGCAGUUGAGUCAAUGCACUUUUCCUUUUAAAGACACAACUUGCCUUAUCAGCCAAAGUGAUCACAUGGAGCUUUAUAAUA